GUUGAUCAUUUCUCAUCUGUCAUCGGAUUGAAAUAUCGCGUAUGUUGCAGCUCAUGAUUAUCAAGUUCACAGCUAAGGUGUCGCUAGAUUGUGUCACAAACAAUAACUACAGAAAAAUUGAAGUGCUAACGUUCGGUAAAUUUGUUAUAAAAGCAUUGUAUACCUGA